CGGCCUUCAGGCGCCACUCGUGGCGGGCGGCGGCAGGCAUGGCUACGACGGCGGCGGUGGCUCGUGGGGCCGGUGCAAGGGCGGUGGCGGCCCUACGGAGCGGCUGCCGGACUGCGGCUCGGGGGCGGUCGCGCGCGGGCCCCGCACGGCCCUUAUGCACAGCACCUGGGACCGCCCCGGACAUGAAGCGCUACCUUUGGGAGCGCUACCGGGAGGCGAAGAGGAGCACAGCAGAAUUGGUUCCUUCAAUUAUGAGCAACUUGUUGAAUCCAGAUGCCAUCUUCUCAAACAAUGAGAUGAGCCUGUCGGACAUUGAAAUCUAUGGCUUUGAUUAUGACUACACCUUGGUGUUUUAUUCCAAGCACCUCCACACACUGAUAUUUAAUGCCGCUCGGGACCUUCUCAUCAAUGAACACAGGUUUGAGUACAUGUUUCAGGAACCAGGAUGAGAAGCAUCCUCAGUGGUCAUCUGGACCAGUCCCCUUUGAGAACCCCUGACAGCAUCUCGAGGAGUGUGACGAGUGCAUCGCUUCUGGAGGUGUUCUGAAUUUGGGGAGAUUCUUCAACGGGUUGAACCAAUUCUGCCUUCAUGCAGCUUUUACCACUGAUCCCUUCUCUUCAUUCAUCCCUUCACACGGUCAUUCUCCCUUUACUCAGUCCUCUUCUGUGCUAAGCUCCGUCAUAGCAGCAGGGAGGUUGAAGGUGAGUAGGAUGCAGGUGCUGUCCUUGGAGAAGCAACAGUCUGUGGGGGAGUCCAUCCUGUAGGCAGGUAAAUUAUGAAGCCUCUGCCUGGUGGAGCCCUACAGACAUCUGAACAGAGAGCUGGGCGUGUGCAGAGGAUGGUUGGAACAACUUUCUCUGCCCGAGGGAAUUGGGGAAACAACGAAGGAGGUGAUAUUUCAGUGGAAUCUGGAAGGAGUUUAUCCACAGAGCUGGGCUGGGGGUGGUGAAGGGUGGGUGUGAGUAACCUAGAGACCUAAAGCAUGGAAACUGAUGUUUUAUACUUGACUAUUUGAGUAAUGGGCUGGGUGUUAUAUGGACCAUUACGCCCUCUAAGACUUCUUUUACCUGUUGGAUCAUUCUUAGUUUUUCCAACCAUUCUCAUUUGGCGUCUUUUCUCAUCUUUUCAUCGUCUUGGUCUCCCUCCUUUGUGUGUGCUCUGGUUUAUCCGUCUCAAAUGUGAGACGUUACUGCAGGUGGGGUCUGACCAGGGUGGAACAGAGGGAGCCCAUCACCUUCCUGGUUCUGGGUAUCGUACCUUUAUUAAUGCUGUUAAAGUUUUGGAUCCUCACCAUUUGGUGCAGUAUAUUUCCUGAUCCCCUCAGCUUUUGGUUAUCAGUGGAUUUAAUAAGAAACUCAUUUGUCCUUAUUCAAAAUGCGGAAAUGGCACUUGCUAAAAAUAACAUUCCCUUCAGCCACCAAGCUUUCUUUAGUUAUGGCCACUUGAUCGGAUGUAAACCCAUCUAGCCACUUGCCAUCCAGCUGCAUUUCUCCAUUUGUUCAAGAGACUCUCUUCUCUUGGGUCUAACCCACGGUCCUUUCCCUUUGCUUUGAGGGUGGAAGCAGGAUAAGAGCAAGGUGGUCCUGCUUUUGCUCUCCUAUAUGUCGGCUUAUCCCAUCUCCCCACCACCCCAUUGGAGAGCCAGCUGAAGGGGUCUUGCACUGGUGCCGGCAUUCUAAUCCCAGGUCAUCUGCAACGUUUGCUGUGACUGAUACCACUUAUGAAACGAAGGUCAUUAUACUAACAGCACCAACUGUUGGUUGUCUGCUCAGUGCCGAAAGCACAGGUUCUGGAGCCUGACUGCUGGAGUUUGAAUCCUGGCUUUUACCACAUAUUUCUUAGGUAAUCUUGAGUAACUGACCUAAUGUCUCUGAGCCUCAGUUUCCUCCUCUAUGAAAUGGGCACAGUUAACAGUACUUUUCUCAAAUGUUAUUGUGAUAAUUAAAGGAGUUAAUUUCUGUAAAAUGCCUGGCACAUAGAAUACACUCAGUGAAGGUUAGCUAUUACUACUAUUAUUUCUGAUCUGCGUGACAGCCCUGCAAAUGGAUAUUCACUCUGUUUUACAGUUGAGCAGACUGAGGCUUACGGAGUUCAGCUAGUAGUUCAAGGCCACAAGACCAGUAGGAGGCAGAACCAGAAUUUGAACUUAGAUUUAUGUAUUUCCAAGGCAGAGAUGCUCUCUUCUUUGUUCACGUUGCCUUUUGUGGGAUUAAUAACACCUUUUCUUUCUACCCUAUGGGUUUGUUGUUCAUAUGAAAAUAAAAUAUUCAUGAAGAUUAAAAAUUUAUGAACUUUGGAGAGAAAAGCGAGAUGAAAUAGAUGGGAAAAAGGUGCAAUCAUUAUGAUUAGAAAAGCUUCUAGAUUUAAGAUACUUAUUUCAUUCCCAUUAUGUCUGUUUGUUGCUUUGAUAAAAGAAGUAUGUCCUCACACUAAUUAUAUCAAGCAUAUUGAGAGAGGCAGUUAUGCUAAUGCAGAUUUUUCUCUUGUUUUGGAUUUGAAAAUAAUUCUUCCAAGAUGCUAUUGGAAGCAUUGAGUUUGGUGCCAUUUUUUUUCCUGCCAAAGACUAAAAGUGCUUGUGGAGAUGAAAGACACCUGCUUUUGAGAUGCAUAGUAGUAGAGCAGUAAGUUUGCAAUUUAGCAUCUUCCCCACAAGCAAAUGUAAAUGUUCCAGGCCUUUCGUAAUUACCCUUUCUCUUUUUUUUUUUCACGAGCAUCAGUUUUUACAAAAAUUGAAAUAAAUAUUGGGUAAUGACUGUAUCUAUAUUUUCAUUCGGUACGUCCGCCCCAGGGGGUAGAAAGACGGUGUUAGAAGAGUUCUUAAUUUCACCUCCCAGAUUUCCGUGCUCAUCAGUGUUCCUGAUUAUUAAUGGUCACCGACGUUCACCCGGUGUUUCAAAUCCAAAGCCUAACACCAGCCUCGACUCCUCAGUUCGCCUCUGUUCCACCUCUGAGCUCUCAGCACAUGCUGUCUCUUUUUUAUAAUAAACUUGUCCUUUUAGAAGAGUAUUAGGGUUACAGAAAAGUUGCAAAGGUAAUACAGAGAGUACACCCCAUGACUGGUUCCCCCUAAUGUUAACAUUUUACAUUACCUCGGUGCAUUUAUCACAGCUGAGGAACUGGUAUUAAUUAAUUGUUAUUGAUGAAAGUCUGUACUUGCUUCAGAUUUCCUUAGUUUUUACCUCAUGCCCCUUUCCUGGUCCAGGAUCCCAUCCAGGACACCACAUUGCAUUUAGGUGUCACGUCUCCUUAGGUUUCUCUUGGCUCUGACAGUUUCUUACAAGGUCCUUGUUUUUGAUGACCCGUGGAUGACUCUGACGGCUGUGAAGAGCCCUGGUCGGUACAUUUUAGCAUAUGCCCUUCUCUUGGGCUUUGUCUCCUGUUUUCU